AUGACUAGCGUUGCUUCACCAUCUGGCUACAUGACUCCUCGUACUCCCCCAGCAGAGUGGUCAGAAAACGAAGAAGAAGUCGACGCCAAAACCGAGACCCCCAAGGUGCAACUCAAGUUUCUGGGCUCCCCGGCCCCUGUUUCGAGAAGCCUGCCCACUCUCCCCCCUACCCCGCCGUUCUAUGCAAUUCGACCUAAAAUUCAGGCACGGUUUGUGGCCAAGUCGCAUGCUGAUAAGCUCAAAGCGCGCCUCCAACUCGCAUACUUUCGAGUGAGAACAGACCAAAUCAAUGUUCCCUUGAAUGAAAUUACUAUUUAA